UCUAUCUAUCCUACGUUGUUGCUUCCAUUCCAUACGUCAUUAAUUCAUGGAACGAGACGAGCCGCAGUUGAUAUCCAACGCCAACGACCUGCCACCGCAACUCUUCUCCUUUCCGUCCACUUCCUUGCAAGCUCCGCCGCCGCCUUCAUUGUUGAGCCCUUUACUGGCGCCGACGAUGCAAAGCUCGGCUCAGCUCGGGCCGGACAUCGAUUGGGUCGGGCUGCUUUCGGGCUGUGUGGAUCAAACGCAGGCGCAGGUGUUGAGUGAAAACGGGAAUAAGAGUAAAGGGAAGAAGUUGGUGCAGAGUGGUAAGAAGAAUAACUUUCCGCCCAGAAUUGCGUUUCAUACGAGGAGCAGUGAGGAUAUUCUUGACGAUGGAUUUAAAUGGAGAAAAUAUGGGCAAAAAUCUGUCAAAAAUAGCACCCAUCCAAGGAGUUAUUACCGGUGCACACACCACACAUGCAAUGUGAAGAAACAAAUUCAGAGACUGUCAAAGGAUAGAAGCAUUGUGGUGACAACUUAUGAAGGCAUUCACAAUCAUCCUUGCGAGAAACUUAUGGAGACUUUAACUCCACUUCUCAAACAACUUCACUUCCUUCCCAGAUUCUAAUACUAUACUACACACCUCAUCAUCAAUUAUAUUGCCUACUGCUAAUUCUACUUUAAUUAUACAUUAAUCAAUCAAUUCCGAUCCUCAAGGGGAGAACUCAUUGAUCUCUGCUAAUAUAUACACAUGCAAACUAUAUAUAUAUAUGACUUUUGAAAUAUUUCCUUAAUUGUAUCAGUUGUAUGUAUAUGAAAGAAAUACAA